UUCCAUUGCAGACGAUAAAUAUAGUCCGUCACUGACUAAGGGGGGCACGCCAGCAAGACACAGCAGAGACAGGAUAUCUACUUCCUCCUCAGUGAGAGACAGAUCAGCUCUCUAUCUGUCAAGAGCAGCAGCCAGCGACUCCACAGGAGGCUCGAAACAGCCCGAACUCGUCAAUACUCCAGGAACGAGAGCUAAAAACAGCAAGAUGGCUGAAGCAGCCAGGAAAGUCACAGUUUCACAUUCAUCUCAUGAUGAAGACGACCUGCCUCCCCCCCCGCCUCCUCCUGUACCACCAAGACCCCUCGACUAUGAAGGGCCAUCAGCAUUAACUAGUCUGCCCGUACCUCCACCGAAAGAAACCUUUUCCACGUUCUACCAGCAACGUCAGAAAAGUGAGCUGAAGAGGCUCUUUAAACACAUCCACCCAGACCUGAGGGCAAGUCUCGAUGACGCCGUGGACGAUGAGGUAAUGAAGGCGGUGCAGUCAGAAAAAACUCAGGCGGAUGCAGCUUAUCAAGGUGAAGUUCAGUCCAUGAGGUGGAUCUUUGAGAAUUGGACUCUGGACAAUAUCGGGGACCCUCAUGCAACCAAGAAGCUGCUGGAUGAAGAAGAGUUAAAAGGCGGAAACGUCCGAGGCACCUCCUCCAUGUUUGAACAUAUCGACGACACCCAACACAUGUCCGCCAGAAGACAGGCGUCUGUCAGAGGAGAUGUGAGAACAUCGACAUGGCUAUUUGAGUCCCAGCCUUUAGAUUCUCUAAAUAAAUCAACAAAAGAAGAAGGUGAACUGUUUGAAGCUGUGCUGAAAGAACCCAUCCAACCAGGAGACGUGACUGGGGCUCGGCUGCUUUUUGAGUCUAAACCAUUGAGCGACUUGGGGCGCUGCAACUCCGUCGAGGACCACAGCUUCCUUAAACUGAAAUCCGAGCUUCAAGAGCAGAAAGGAGACGUCCAGAAGACUUUAAAACUCUUCCAGGCAGAGCCGUGUUGUGCCAUCAGAGACAACAGUGGCAAUAUCCACGAGAUUAAAUCCAUCUGCAGGGAGGAGAUCAACAGCGGCAACAUCAGCACUGCACGCUGGCUUUUUGAAACCCAGCCUCUGGACCUGAUUAAUAAGGGAGCCGACGGGGUGAAAAUAAUUCGGGGUAUAUCUUUGGAAGAGGGGCACAGAGGAGGAGUUGAUCAAAAGAGGUGGAUGUUUGAAACUCAGUCAUUUGACACAACAAAAGAGGUCAUGGGAGUGGGCAGGUUUGAAGGGAUGGUGGCUGAAUGCGCAGCAGAGGCCGAUGUCGUGAACAAGAGGAAGCUCUUUGAGAUGCAGCCCUUGGCAGCACUAAAAGGAGACUCGGAAGAAAAGUCUUUGGAAAAGGAAGAAAUCAUUGCGGGAGAUGUCAAGACUUCUCUUUGGCUGUUUGAAACUCAGCCAAUGGAGACCCUAAAUGAUAGCUAUGAAGUUGGCCAUUUGAAGAAAGUUACCCUUUCCGCUGAAGAACAAGGAGAAGUCAAAGGCAAAAAACAAAUAUUUGAAAGCUGCAGCGUCCAAAAGACCACCUCGUUCAAGGAACAAGAGAUUGAAAAAGGCGACGUCAAAGGAUUCAAACAGCUUUUUGAAACUAUUCCUCUGAGCAAAAUUGCUCAUUCAGACGGAGAGACUGCUGAGGAAAAAGCUAUUGAAGCUGGAAACGUAAAAGGUAACAAGGCAAUGUUUGAGGCUACUCCUUUAUAUGCAAUAAAGGACAGCUCUGGAAACCUCCACACAGUCACAACAGUCAGCCGAGAAGAAAUAAUCAAAGGGAAGGUCCAAAAUUAUAAGUGGAUGUUUGAGACCAAGCCUUUAGAUGAGCUUGCAGAGGGAAAAGGAAAUGUCGAAGUGAUCAAAGGCAUCACUAGACAGGAGGAUACGAUGGGCGAUGUGAAAACGGCAAAGUGGCUGUUUGAAACCCAAACAAUUGAUGGGAUCCAUUCCAAGUUCAACCAGGCGGAGCAGGAUGCUUCUGUAGAAGAGGAGCAUCGCAAAGGUGACGUCAAAACAUGUAAAUGGUUAUUUGAGACGCAACCAAUGGACAUUUUGUACGACAAAUCUGAAAAAGUAAGCGACAAAGAAGCCAUUGACAAUACUGACGUCAAGUCCAUCACCUGGCUUUUUGAAUCACAGCCUCUGGACAGCAUCAAAGACGGCGAGGAGUACAAUUUGAAACUGUGCAACACAAUUCAGGAUUCUGUCCAAUCGGAGGUUGAUGUCCAAACAGUCAAACAUGUUUUUGAAACAGAAACCUUGGACAGAAUAAGAAAGGAUGCAAAUUAUGAACAAAAUGUGAGACGUGUCAGCCAGGUCAACUUUCAGUCCGGAGAUGUCUCAAGAGUCAAAGAACUUUUUGAAUCCCAGUCCCUCGAUGAAAUAGGAUUAGAAAUGGUGACAACAACUAAUGAGCUGAUCCAAGACGAACACCUUGAAAAGGGUUCGGUACAUAAAUUCACUUGGAUGUUUGAAAACUGUCCCAUGAACCAGAUCAACAAGGACAACGAUGAUGCAAACUUUCAGAGAGUCAGUGGGGAGGAGAGCGGGGAUGUGCAGAACAAAAAGUUUAUUUUUGAAACCUCCUCAUUGGACAAAAUCCACGACCAACCCCUUGAGCAGAAGUCAGACUCUGUAGAAGAACCUGUGAGCAAUGUUGACGUGAAGUCGAGUACCAUGAUGUUUGAGUCCCUGCCACGGUAUGCAAUCAGAGACAAAGAGGGACAAUUUCACGAAGUUACAACUGUGCAAAAAGAGGAGAUAAUGAGUGGUGAUGUGAGAGGCGCAAGGUGGAUGUUUGAGACGAAACCUCUUGAUGCCAUCAAGGCUGAGCAGGAAGUUUACGUGAUCCGAGCUGUUACCCAAGAAGACGUCAAGAAAGGAGAUGUCAAAUCAGCCAGGUGGAAGUUUGAGACACAACCUUUGGACUCCCUUACCAGCCGAGAUGAGCCCUCGGUCAGGGUCAUUGAAGACUUGGGAAGCAGUAAUGUGCAGCUCAAUAAACAGAUAUUUGAAUCUGAUCAGUCAAGUCAGAAGUUUAUGCGGAUGGUUAGUGUCACUGACGUCCAACAUGGAGAUGUCAGGACCUCCACAUGGCUCUUUGAGAAUCAGUCGAUUGACAGUCUGAAAGGUGAACCUCAGGAGCAAGGCCCGGUAAAAACGGUCCACAGAGAAGACAGCCAGAAAGGAGACGUGAAACGCUGCACUUGGCUAUUUGAAUCACAGCCACUGGACAAGAUCAAGGAGCCCGAGGACGCCUCAGUGCAAGGUACCGAGGAGGAGAUACCAAAAUCUGAUGUGAGGUGUACUACCUGGCUCUUUGAGACCACUCCUCUGGACAAAAUCACUGGAAACAGUGCUGCUGACACCCUGUCCUAUCUGUAUGAAAUGAGCUUCCUUCACUCAAGCGGCAUCAUUAUCGAAGCAAAUGAGAGGAGAACUGUGAACAUGGCAAAAUAUCUGCUUGAGAGCAAUAAGGGUGUGCAAAUCCAGAAUGAAGAGGUUGUUGGGGGCAACAUCAGGAACAUUAUGAUACAACUCUUACUCAAACCAACCCUUAAGCCCGAAGUAAGUCUUCUUAGAGAAGUGGAGAAAGGUAAAGUGAAUACCACAGUAGUGGAGCUCCCAGUCUACCAAUCAGCCACAACUAUCAAUAUCGAGAAGGAUCAAAGAAUACAAAACAUCAUCCAGAUGAUUGAUGAACUGCUCAUUCAAGAUAAGGAUUUGAAAAAAGGACUCAUAAUGCAAGAAACUGCAGGAGGGCAAGGAGAGAUGUCAGUUUAUUCCCUAAUCUGCAACUCCGAAACCAAAACCGAGAGUCACGUCAUAGAGAGAGGAGAUGUAAAGUCUACGAUUGGAAAUCUGUUAGCUACUGCCAACAGUCAGAGGACUGCAGCGUCGUGUAGAGUGGAUGAAAACGAAAAGGGAAAUGUGAAUUUGUUCAAAAGUUGCAUUGAGAAAGGAGAUCUGCAUUAUCUGAAAAGUCUUCACACUGACGCAUCAGGAGAUGAGGUCGAUCACAGCCCUCUGGCUGAGGAGCACAUUGAAAUAGUUCAGGGGGAUGUGAAGGAGGCAAAGAGAAGUCUCUGUCAGCAGAAAGAGCAGGUGGAGCGAACUAUUUCUGACGUUUUACCAGGGGAUGUAAAGAACACCAAAAAGGUUUUUUCGUCAGAGUGCUCUGUCAAUGUUGAAAACUUUGUUCCAAAGGAAGAAAUAAUCCCUGGCGAUAUCUUAUCAGCAAAGCAACAACUUGCAGUAAAGCAACCUGUCAUGGUGGAUAAAGAGGAAAUAGUGUCUGGCGACAUCAAGGCGACAAUGCAGUCAUUAGAGCGUGCAAAGAAGCAGAGCAUGUGUGUGGAGCGGGAGAUCAUUACGCCGGGAACUAUCUAUGACAUGGACCUAUCGGGGCCUGAAACAGAAGGAAGCCAAGCGCAGAAAGAGGUCAUCAUAUCCGGAGAUGUGAAAGCAGCUAAAAAGUCGCUGGAAAUGGCAAAGCAGCAAAGCAUGCAUGUGGAGCGUGACGUCAUUGUCCCUGGAAAAAUAUACAACCUGAACGUCACAGCACAAGAGGAAAGCUCCUCUGCAGCGAUGCAAUCCACAUGUUCGUCUUCCUCCAGAUGCCAGCAAAUCAAGACUUAUCCAAAGGUCAGUGAGAAAGAUCAGGAAAGCCAUGUUUCCUUUGAGGCUUGUCAGCCAAUUAUAGUCAGUAACUGUGCACCAGAAUCACUGCCACCUUUUGUAAGUUUUGAGUGUAAUGGUCAGACAACAGAAGAUGAGACAGAAGAAGUUAUCAGAGGAGAUGUGAGGGCAGCUAUUAGGUCUCUGCAGAGUGCAGCAACAGAGCAGAAGCUCCUAGAUAAAGAAGAUAUUGUAAGAGGUAAUGUCCAGUUGGCUCUGCAAUCUCUUGAGAAGUCUAGUGUAAAUGUAUCCAAAGGAGACUAUAAAGCUGCAAUGAUAUAUAGGAAUUCAGGGAAGGCUUGUUCAGGGAGGAGCAAGCAGUGUGUUGUGGUGUCUAUGCCUCCAUCUGACACAAAAUUGUCUCCUUCAAUUUCAGUAACCUGUGAAGGACAACCACCCAUUACAACACAGAAUUCAACACCCAACCCUGUAGCAAAUGGAAACUCUAAAUCAUCCAGCUCUGUGCAUGUAACUCCACCUCCACUCCCGAUUAAGACAGGCGAGAAACCACAGGAGCAGAAGCCAGCUUUACCGCCAAAGCCACAAUGGACAAAAUCAGUAGUUGUGGAAGAACCGAAUGUUUUACGAGCUCCUGAAGUUGCUUGCCCGAUUAAAGACAGCAUCAAAAGUGCAGUGAUUUCUCCAAAACAAAUCAAACCUGCUGUUACACUGUCUCCUGAAGAAGCCAAAACACACAGCAAAAUCAGCAAAGAGACCUUGCAUGAAACAUCCCACAAAAACUGCACCAAAGCAUCGCAAAACUCAAAUAACACAAGUCCACCGACACACUCAAAGUCUCCAGACUGCCAAGUAAUGAUACAAAACAGCACUGAAGUGGAAAUGGAGAGAAAUGUAAUAAAGAAAAUCAACGCAGCUGAAGAAAUACAAAUGUGCAUGAAGAGUUACGCGGAAGAUGGUAAACAUGAGAUGAACAUGAGCUUGCAGGCUGCUCUACAAAACUUUGAAAGAAAGGAAACUCAAGACAAACAAGCCCCUUUGUUGUCCAAAAAGGUUAAAGUGAUAAAUGAUGUUAGUGACCAUAAACAAACUAACAAAACUGAUGCACAACAACAGAAAUCACCUGAGGAUGCACAGCAAACAAAGACCAAGACAUGCCAUGCACGGCAAAAUGACGAAAAGCAACCUGAAUUGGGGGACAAAGUUGUUUUAAGAGAGAAGAAAGUAAAAGAGACAGAUGACGAAAGACGACAAAGGCUCUCUGUCCACAAGGAGGAGAUCAUGAAGGGAAAUGUGAAAGCGGCCAUGGAGAUCUUUGAAAAUUUGAGGAAACGAGAGGAACUCAAAGAAAUCCUGUCUCAAGUGCAAGAGAUAGAAGGAGAGACCAGCAAUGUAGACUCCUUUAAGACAUUAUAUGAGACUGUCCCCGCUUGGAUGGUUUCCAGUGGAAAGCGAAGUAAAUUGGAGGAAAAGAAAGUUGAAGUAGAGACACAGGACGAUGAUCUAGAAAGCAUCUCCUCAGUUGAGACAGCGUUUGAAGAUCUUGAAAAGGCAAGCAAGGAAAUAAUGAAUCUGAAGGAACAAACGAUGGCAAAACUCCUUGACAUUGAAGAGGCAAUAAAAAAGGCUUUAUACUCUGUCUCUAAUCUGAAAUCCGAGGCUGACAUCACAGGGUUGUCAGGACUUUUUGACGAAUCUUUGAAAGCGGAGCAAAACUUUCAACCCGCCAACAACAUUAGGAAAAUAAGUAUUGGGUCAAGCAAGGCCAAAUCAGGGCAAAUCAAAGAGGCAUCUAAUGGGAAUACGCAAACAGUUUCGGAUUCAAAACAAGAGGUGCCCAGACACAAUAAGCCACUCAUCAGACAGUCCUCCUCCCAGUCUUCCCCAUCAUUCAUCUCCAUUCAUUCAGCUGCAAGAAAGCCUGCCGAACAACCGAAGUCACCCAUGUCAACUUUUAAACCAAAAACGGAGGUUGAUUCUGAUGGAAAUGGUGAUCUGGCACAAGAGUGUGCUGCUGUUGAAACCUCAAAGAACGGCAACAGUCCUGCACGACGCAAGGUCAGCGUGCUCGAAGUGAAAACCGUUCCAGAGCAACCUGCAGGAAUAGUUGGCAGAAAGACCGUCAGUGAAACAUACGAAGAGACCGAUGGCUUUGGCAACGUGUUUGUCUCUUCUGUGACUUCGACAUUUGUCACCAAACAGUCUGACAGCAAAUCGUCAGCGCUGUUUGAAGUAGUCGGGAGUCCAGCCAGAUACGAAGUCAUGACGUCCCCAUUAAUCCGAAGAUCUACGCGCCCUUUUGACAAUAAAGUGUUGAGCAACGAGGAAGGGACGGUGUUUGUAACAUUUAGCCAACCGAAGGAAAAGCACUAAAUAAGAUGAGCAGUGUGUUUCCUAGUCCUUUGAUUUUAGGAAAGCAGUUAUUCCAUUUGUGUAUUUAUUACUAUAAUGUGUUUUAAGGAAAAGGUUUUGUUAGUCGUGAAAAUGAUGAAGUAUUAAAAUGUUGACUUCUAAUGAAACAGCAUUUGUCUUAUAGAUUUUAUACUGUAACCACAUGAUAAAGUGUUAAGUUCUUUUAUUAAAUUUAAGCAUAUAGUUGAUACUGUUGUUCUGUUGUGUAAAUUGUUAAAUAAAUAAAAGUUUAAAAGAU